AAUCCAAUGGAAGGCUAAAAUCUGUACAUGAUUACAAAGAAGUGGGUCGGUCUGAUAGUGGUGGUGAAAGGUAUUGACCACACUCCCUUUCUGGCACCACCACAAGAAAUGGAUCCUACUUCCACCUCAGAUACAAGCUCUAGAUAUGUGCAUCACAAUGAGAGCUCAAUAGAACUCGAUAAAGGAAAUCAUGGGUUAGGAGGUAUGGAAAGACCAAACCUACCCUCAAAUCACAACCAAUCCACUAUCUGGUCUCUAUCUGGACAAGAUAUCGAUAAUGGGUGCUAUGAAGACGGUCCACUUAAUUGUCCAUUGAGAGGAAGUGUCAUGCUCAAUGAGAGCUUGAUAUAUCCAAACAAUCCUUCCAUACUAUUUUCUAGAGGUCAACAUGUUGAUCAAGAGCAAGGCAGACAACUCGUUCCACUAGAUGUAGGAGCUAGAGCGGUGAACAAUAACUUCAAAAAAAUUGCUAUGCAAAUCAAGAAAGAACAUAACCCUGGAAUUUUUGUCAUUAUAAAGACUAAACUAACUGGCACAAAGGCUAAUGAGGUUGCUCAAAGUCUUGGGCUAUCUAGAGGCCCUGUGGUUGAUGGUGACUUGUGGGAUUCUCUUAGCACUCCCUCAUCAAAUGAUGAAAUAUGGUUAGCUAUUAAGUCUAUGAAGCCAUGGAAGGCUCCUAGGCCUGAUGGCUUACACAUUGCUUUUUUCCAUAGAUUUUGGGACCUAGUGAGUGAACUUGUGUAUAGUUUCACUAAAAGGAAAGGUUGUGUUGGAGACAUGAUUGUUAAGCUUGACCUUGAAAAGGCUUAUGAUUGCCUUAAGUGGGGGUUUGUUAAGGAAGCUCUUGUUUUCUUUAACUUUCCCCCCAAAAUUAUUUCUAUCAUCAUGUCUUGUAUCAACUUGGCCAAGUUUGAUGUUAACAUCAAUGGGGGUUUGAUGGAACAAGUUCUUCCUUCAAGAGGGCUUAAACAAGUCGCGUGUUUCUCUUCUUCUUCUUCUCCCCUGCACCGAACAAGAGCCCCAGCCACCACCAACGCCUCUUCCUUCGAGAAAACCGGUAAAAAGCUUGGUUUUUUCCUUCCUUUUCUUGUUCAAGAACAAGAUUUAAGCUUGGAAACCUUUCCCCCCCUCUUCCCGAGCCUUGUGCAUUUGUGGGACCCUCUCACAAGUGUACGGUGUGUGUUACGCCUCGGAUUUGGGUUUUGGGGCAUGACAAAUUUAGUGGUAUCAGAGCUUAGGAUUUGUUUAGAACUUGGCUGGCCAAUGGAUUUUAGAACCGUGGUGAGACGAGUGAUGGGGUUAUAUAAGGGACGAUUCUGAUUCAUGUUGCCUGAAUUUUCUAAUCCAUUUUGAUGAGAUGGUAAUCUGAUUGUUCUUGUUCCUGCCUUAAUACCCUGUGUAGAUUCAUGAAAGUAAUCCUGCCUGUUAUGUUCAUAAGACCUUGUUUUGAAACUUGGUCAUUUUCUGAUAGUCUGCACUAGUUUAGAUUUUUUACUUGAAUAGAAUUUUUGUAUGCUCUUUUGCCACAAUUGUAAAAUCUGGGGAGUUGCAAAGAUCUUUUGUUAUUGAUUCUGUUGGUCUCUACAGCAUAGCUGGUUGAGAAAUUUGUUCUGUUUGUCACAUGACCAGUGGAAGAUGGGCAACCCUCUACUUUGUAAGAGAUUGAAGGCUAUUUUGGCAAUGUUGUGUGUUUUCUAGAUGCGUUUUAGGAGCUGGAUAACUUGGUAAUUUCGCUACUCAUUAUCUUUCUGAAAGUCUUAUAGGGAAGUUUCACUUUUUCCAUUUGGAGCUUCAUGGUCUUUUCAUGUGGCUCAUUUUUCUAUAUUGGUUAAUCAAAAACAAUGAUCCAUUCAAUUGAAAUUGCCUUGUUUUUGUGAAGAUUGGCAAGCUGUUAUAAAGUUAAACUCUCUAU